CUUCAUCGCGCUUUGUUUCUGCCCAACCUCACAUUCACAAACCAAGUCACUGCCAGUUGUCUGGAACCAUGGUCUCCGAUGGCACACCGUCGCAGCAUCCGUCGAUUCCACCCAUCGCAUUCCUAUCCGACGACUUGUUAUACGACAUCUUCCUCAUAUGUGCAGGAAGUUGUAUCCAACCAGACAUAGAACCAAACACCUGGCCUUUCUACACCCAGCGCUCUCCCAGCUGGAGUGUGUUUGCCCAUCAUUGCGAUAGCUUUUGCUGGGAAUGGACUCGCAUCAUGCUCGUAUGUCGUCGCUGGUGCCAGUUGAUGAUGAGCAGUGGACGGGUCUGGGUCUCCCCCUUUUUUGGAUCCAGAACAAGAAGACAUGCUGAGAAGUCUCUCGCCCGUGUGGACGACGCUCCCAUCAUCAUCCGAUAUGCCCCCUUCGUAGCCGACCCCUGGUUCGCCGAAUUCUUACGCUCUCCCAAGGGAUACUUCCAAUGUCGCCAGCUUCUCGUCGAGUACGGAGCCUCUCAAACACCUAGUCUCCAGGACAUUGUCGACUCUUUACCUCAUUCCGCUCCAUGGCUCAAGGUCCUCGCUCUGGCCACUGUCACGACCAGCAACAAUCCUAGCACUCUUGUGCGCAUUCCCGAAGCCUUGCUUAAAGGCGCUCCGCGCUUGCGCACCCUAGCGCUGGGAGGCUGCAUGAUCGAGUCGUGGAAAUCUUUCCCUUGCCGCGACUUGACUACGUUGAUCAUUGGUGAGGUUGAUAAACGUCACGACGCCUGUCCCGCCACUUCAGAUACCUUGGCAUUGCUGAAGCAAACACCGCACCUUCAGACGCUCGUCAUUUGGGGCUUGGAUCGAGAGGAGGAACACCAUCAUGAUGUGACGGAUGCUGUAAUAGCACUCCCCUCGCUGUCAAGAAUCGCGCUUGGUGGCACAACCAUGCAAGCUUUGGAUGUUUUCGAUCGUCUUUGUGUUCAUCAAGAAACCAUAAUAAGCCUGCGGAUGAGCGGCCUUGCUUCCGAAAAUGUCGUUUCGCCACGGUUGGCUGCCUCGUUGCAGAGGCGUUACAAUACAUCAUCUACAGUUGCCUCAGAGUCAAAUGUUCUGCCAGCCUUGCGCAGCGUCUCAAUCUCCUGCACAGGAGACUGGCUCACCAUCGCAGGCUCUGUGAACUCUAACAUCGAUAACGUUGUGGAUGCCGAUCUGGUCACAACCAACAGCCACUUUAUCCAUAUAACCAUCGACAUCAACAUAUCUGAUCAUCCUGCACUUGCCACAAACGUUCUUCGAUCCCUGCACCUUAACUCUAUCAUCUCUCUUUCUCUUAGCCACUUCCACUGCGGCGACGAGCUUUCUGAAUGGGAGCCACUGUGGUCCACCGUGCCCGGCCUACGCGUGCUGCAUGUCGCGAGCCUCUCGCUCGUGGGUACCCGCACACCCAUUGCUUCCUUGUUCUGCCGAGAGCUGUUCGGAUCGCUAGAGGAGCUAAGACUCGAGGGCCUGAAUUUUGAUGUGCUCUUGGUGGAACUUAUGCGCGAGGGUCUCAAAAUGCGUGCGGACCGCGGCCACCGUCUGCGGCUCCUGAGGUUCGACCAUUGCGAGGGUAUCGCUCAGACAGAGGUGGAAGAGUUGAAGCGAGAUGGAUCGGUCGACGAGGUGGUUCUGGAAGAAGUGGAAGAGGAGUUCUCGGAUGAUGAGCCUGGGGGCGCCUUUUAUUGCUUUGACUAAGGGUUUCACGUAGUUCCAUAUCUCAAUCUUAUUCCAUUAAAUUUCAACUUGAUUUGGAUAGCAGUUGAAUUACCAUUUAAAUACUUAAAAGGCUUUAAGUAGGCUAUUCGGGAGACUACCGCAACGAUACGAUGAAUACAGUAUUACAGUGUGAUAAGGUC